CGUAGGGAGCUCGCUGGGUUUUGAACGCAACCCACGUGUCGCUUUCGUUCACGGUAGCCGAUGUGUUACUGUCUGACCUACAUACGCGUUUACAUACUUAAUGGUGUCGUUUUGGUGCUGUAAGCACAUAUUAAUAUUCGUAAAGUGUUCUUCUUAUCAUCUUUGGUGGAUCGUGGCGUGCAGUCGAGAGGACGAACAUGUCAGGAAAGAGUUUUCGCGUUAGCGACGGUGACUGGGUUUGUCCCGAUAAAAAAUGUGGAAAUGUCAACUUUGCUAGAAGAACGAGUUGUAACAGAUGCGGCAGGGAAAAAACAGUUGAAGCAAAGAUGAUGAAAGCAGGGGGAACAGAGAUUGGAAAGACCCUGGCUGAGAAGAGCAGAGGUCUCUUUAGUGCAAAUGACUGGCAGUGCAAAACGUGUGGCAAUGUAAACUGGGCCAGAAGAUCAGAGUGUAACAUGUGUAACACUCCUAAAUAUGCCAAACUGGAAGAAAGAACAGGCUAUGGCGGAGGAUUUAAUGAGAGGGAAGACUUGGAAUACAAAGAGCGAGAGGAAUCUGACGGCGAGUAUGAUGAGUUUGGGCGCAUUAAGAAAAAAUUUCGUGGGAAAAGCAAAAAGGACACUGAAAAGAAAGAGGAACCUGUCAAAGCUGCUAAAGUAAUUGAGGACGAUGAUGAAGAUGAUGACGAUGAAGAUGGGGAUCUUUCGAAAUACAAACUUGAUGAUGAGGACGAUGAAGAUGGAGAUUUGUCCAAGUAUGAUUUAGAUGCUAGUGAAGAGAAGAAAGAGAGUCGGUCGGACUCGUCGCGUUCAUCGUCUCGCUCGUCUAGUUCAAGCUCCCGGUCUAGGUCCAGAUCCCAGUCCAGAAGCUCAUCAAGUUCCAGGUCUCGAUCACGUUCCAGGUCCAACUCCAGAUCCAGCUCCAGAUCUGGAAAAGGCUCUGUUUCUCCAAGGAAGAGGUCUCGCUCCCCUUCGUCUUCGCCUGAAAGAGGUCAAAAGAGGAGUCGCUCCAGGUCGUCCUCUGGUGGCCGCAAAAAAAGACGUUCUCGAUCACAUUCGUCUGAAAGGUUUGGGUUUCUGUGGUGUAAAAAAGGUGUCCUGGAUACCAGGCGUCCUUUCACAUUAUGCAGUGGUCUCUCAAAGUGUUAAAGAUUUGGCUCGAAAAUGUGCUUCGCAAUGUUUCUGUACUGUUUUCAAAUUUGUUUGUGUGUUCUUGAACCAAAUCAUUUAAUUGGUCAUGGUUUUUCCCCUCUUUCUGUCUCUUUGUAGGUGCAGAGGCUCAACUGGAUCAUCCCACUCUGGCUCAAGCUCAAAGCAGAAAUGAUUAACAAAAGACACAAAUCUUUCUAAAACUGCAUGUUGUUUUUCCAACUCAUGAUUUGUGCUAUUGCCUCUACCCAACUGUUCCUAUUAAUAAUUUCCAUCAAACAAAUCUGUUCACAAACGUUACUGCCUUCUUUUUAAACAUAUUGCCAAAUCCCUGAACAAUAGAACUCUGAUUAAUAUAACUGUAGUGUCAGUCAGUUUAUAGAAAAACAUUUAAGUCUGUAACUAUAAAUGGCACAUAUCUUCUGGACAUCAUCAUUUUUUAAGGAAAUGAUGCAGAUUAUAUAAUACAGAAGUAGUUUUAUUCAUCUGUUGAACAUCCAGUUAGUACCGAAGCAUCAAUGUUGAUUUAAUGAUACAAGAUUUUUUUUGUGAUGUGGGACAACCCACGAGAAAUGUUGUCUUAAAUUACAUAACAUCAGAAAAUCCAGCAUCUAAAUGUUAUAAAGAGCUCUGAGGUGUAACAUAACCUCAUCAAAUUGUGUGUUAAAGGUAAGUAUGUGUUUUUUUGUGUGUUUGUUUUAAUACAUGUUGGGAUUUUCUUAUGACCAGAAAGAAGAAAUGCUAUGAAUGUUUCUUGGUUUACCUUCAGUGUCUUUUUUUGUUGUCUUUUUUUUAACUUUUGUUCUAAAUUUGAUCAAUCAAUAGUAGAAUACUUUGAAAUGGAUACAAAGUACUGCUAACAAUUAACAUGGUCUGUACAUCAGGGUUGGAACAUGUAGUUUAAAAUAAUUGACCCCACAUCCUCUCCAGACAACAAAUUGAUAUCACAUAAAAAUGUCCUACUGUCGUUUAAAAUUACAUUCAUGUAAUCAACAUAAAUAAACACUUGUUAAUCUGAA